AUGGUCUUAGAUUUUUCAACUAAUUCCACCACGUCGAUAUAUUACUUCACUUUCAUCAUGCAGAAACGCGUUUUAUUCGAAGCCAAUUCAAUGAAUCCUUUUUUCAGAUGUCAUAUAUCUGGCGCUUCGAACAUAUCUUUGGUCAAAUCAAAUCUUCUCCGCACUCAAGUUGUGAAAUUAUCCACAUCUCAACAGUCGACGCAUUUGGAAUUCAUGUAUGAGAAAAUGUGUUCGAGGAUCUUGUAUCGGUUUUUAAUAUUUCGCAUAUUUAUAUCCAACGAGCAAGAUUUUAAGUUCGAUCUAAAGUUUUCUACCAACGAAAGAAGACCACUUAUCUUCACUUUUUCUACAAAGAUUCAGUCCUUAUCCAUCAAGAAGUUUACUGUGAUGGUUCCUUUAUCUACGGUUCUAAGAUCAGUGUGGUUAAAUCUUACAAUUGAUUUGUUUUCUUUUAUACACGACUUAAAUGUUCAAAAUGGCCUUAAGAAGCUGAAAACCAUCACGGUCUACCCAUUUUGCUAUUUAUCUGAGCUUUCAGUUACUUCAUACUCCAUCAGUGAUGUUUCCAUUCUCGGUAAUCCUCAAACUUCAGAAAAUAACACACCAGAAAUUUACCAGGUUUUAAACGUUCCGAAAAUUCGCUUGGAUGAAUGGAGAAGAGCAGAACGGAUAGAUUUACGAGGAAGUGAAGACUCAAAGGAUCUUUUAAAGGUAUCACAAUUGACUACAGUUGGUAACCAAUCAUGCACGAAAUCGUCUCAGUCCUCAUCAGUAGAAGGUGAGAGAUGUAUUUCAGGAAGGCAAAACUCUGCAAGGAAACGAAUAUUUCUGCAAAUUAACAGGGUUUGUAUUAAUGAACAGAGUUCUACAGGUUCUAGUAAAGUACCUACUGGUCCAAAUGUUUCUAAAGAUCCAAGAAGUUUUAGCGCCGGUGCCAUUUCCAAUCGCCUAACUAGUACUGCCAAAAAUUCUACAAGUUUAUUGUAUUAUCCAGAAGAAAAUAUCAAUUCCAAUCACUUCAAAGUUAUGAAUAAUAUGAAAUCGGAAAUAGAGCAGUCCUAUCAACAACAAUAUGAUAUAGAAAAACAAUAUCAGUCCAUUCGUUUAGGCAGUUUAUAUUUAUUUAAUAGUCUACCUCAACCUGCACCAAGCUUUUUUACGCAAUCAUGUAUUAAAGAUAUCGAAACUAAAGAGAUCGAUGAAAAAAUGGAGAAUAGAAACAUUGUAAUCUGCUCAAAAAGUCCUUAUUUACAACGUAUAAGGAUAGAUCAUCAUUCGUUAAAAGAAUUAACUGAUGCAGAUUUGAAAUUUAAAGUGAUUAUGGCAUCUACUCCAUAUCAUUUAAAUAAUGAGACUCCCUUAUCAAAUGAUAACACCAUCAUGGGAACAAAUGAGAAUUUAUUAGAAAAAACCGCCCCACAUAAAUCUAAUAUAAAUGAUGAAAAUGAUAAAACAGUUUGUACACCACCUCCUAUCAAUUUAGCCGGAUAUGAACAAUCUGACGAUUUAUCCGCCAGUUUUGAAGCGUCACUUUUAGCUAGCCUUAAACAAGCAGUACUUGGUGAAGCUAUAGAACCUGAUUUACAGUUUUUAUCAUCAUCGAAACAACAAAUAACCGGUGAUGAUCACAAUAACAAGUUAAGAGAAACAAUUACAACACCAAUGACAAAUGCAAAAUAUCCACAUUCUGAAAUAUCAAAAUCAAUACCAGUACCAUCACAAAGUCCAUCAUUAAAUCAUCUGAAAAAGAACAUGUUAAGUACAAUUAAAAAUGAAAAAUGUGAUAUUGUGGUUGCACUUCAAAAACAAAUAUUAAAUGUCAGUUUCAGUGACAAUGACAAUUACAAUGCGGGCGAUGAUACCACAACAACCGAUGGUUUAGGAUCAUUAAUUUAUUUACGUUAUCACUUGGCACGUCAUCAUCAUCAUCAGCAUUACGAACAUGAGGAUCAGCAUCUAGUUCAUGAAAGAUGUGAUGGUAACUUACUACUGGAUAUGAAUAACCAGUUAUUGACAAAAUUAAAAACAAGCACUUGUCAACAAAAUGGUUACACGUGUAGAGAAGAAGAUGAUCCUGCUAUACUUACCCCUUCUCGUGCAUCAUCGAUGGUUCAUCAACGUACACACAGUACAGAUGAUGUAUCACAAUUAGUUACAGGUUUUGAAUUGUCCAGUCAUUGGGGUACUGAAACAGCAAACUCAUCUAAUGAAAGUAUAUCAUAUUCAGUGUGCGAAAGCAUUACAUCACCCUUGCCUCAAUCAUAUCAACUAGUAGAACAUACAUCUUCUGUGAAUCAAAUGGAAUUACAAAAUACUGGAUCAGUUAAUAAAGAAGUGAUCAAUAAUAAUAGUUCUGACAAACCAUUUGAUGUAAAUUCAAAUCAUGGACUUAUCGAAUUAAUUUAUGAUCCAAUAUUAAAAUGUUACUAUGAUCCUACAUCUGGACGUUUUUAUGAAUUAAUCUGA